UUAAAGAUUAGAAACAAAGAAAAAAAAUAUUCCUCAGAAGUGUGGUUGCGAACUCUGAAGUGUUUGGGGUUUGGUAUCUACAGAAAAAAGAGAUACAAACUGCUUCUAUGGUGAGAAACUUAAAAAAAAAGCUGGUUGAUAUACUAUUUUAAUUGACCAUGGGUGAGAAUGGGGAGAAUCAUUCAGUUUCUAAAGAGAGUAAUUCAAAGAAGGUUGACAGUAAAAAUCAUUCCGGUAUUGCCAAGAGUGAUCUUUGGACUGAUGGGAUUAUUUGCGCCUUUGAAUUUAUCCGAGGCCCCAAAAAACAUGUUGAUUCGAAACAUCCGGACAAAAGCAGCUUGAAGCAAGAAGAUGGACUCACCAAACAUACUUCCCCUGGUCAUCAUCAUAACCCGUUUGUUGAUUCGUCUCCAGUCGAUAUAUCAAGGUCAAGGUCGGUACCUUCUUUGGAUUUGAAUCCAACCGGACAAGUUGAGAGAUACGAGGGGAGUCAUUGGGUACCUAUUGGUUGGACUAGAAUCUCUGAACUUGUUCAAAUGGUUCAAGUCAAUGCGGAGUGGCCUAACCUCGAGUUAAUGGAUGAAGAAGAGGAUGUCCCUGUUACUGAUUUAGCUGCUCCUUAUUGGGAACGACCAGGUGGCCCAACGUGGUGGUGUCACAUGGCUGCUGGACAUUCGUUUGUUGAGGGAUGGCUUAAAUGUGCUACAUGGUUGCAUCCUGCCAUUAGUCUCGCUUUGAGGGAUGAAAGUAAGCUCAUAAGUGAACGCAUGAGACACCUUCUAUAUGAGGUUCCAGUGAGGGUUGCUGGGGGUUUAUUGUUUGAGCUCUUAGGACAAUCAGUCGGUGAUCCAGUAAUCAGUGAGGAUGAUGUACCCGUUGUUUUCCGUUCUUGGCAAGCGAAGAACUUUUUGGUAUCUGUGAUGCACAUAAAAGGAAAUGUGUCGAACACUAAUGUCCUUGGCAUCACCGAAGUAGAGGAGUUGCUCUAUGCAGGAGGUUAUAAUGUACCAAGGACAGUUCACGAAGUUAUAGCGCACUUGGCUUGCCGUCUUUCUCGAUGGGAUGAUAGAUUAUUCCGUAAAUCUAUAUUUGGUGCAGCCGAUGAAAUCGAAUUGAAGUUUAUGAACAGGAGAAACCAUGAGGAUUUGAAUCUUUUCAGUAUCAUUCUCAACCAAGAGAUCAGAAAAUUAUCAAGACAGGUCAUCCGAGUGAAGUGGUCACUACACGCAAGAGAGGAGAUUAUCUUUGAGCUUCUUCAGCAUCUGAGGGGAAACAUACCUCGACAUUUGUUAGAGGGUUUGAGGAAGAACACGAGAGAAAUGCUGGAGGAACAAGAAGCCGUCCGUGGACGUCUCUUCACAAUUCAAGACGUCAUGCAAAGCAGUGUUCGCGCUUGGUUACAGGACAAAAGCCUACGAGUAAGCCACAACUUAGCUGUCUUUGGAGGAUGUGGUCUUGUGCUUACUAUAAUUGUAGGACUUUUUGGGAUCAAUGUUGAUGGUAUCCCUGGGGCACAGAACUCGCCUUAUGCGUUUCUUCUGUUCACUGGCCUUAUGUUUCUCCUUGGAUUUGUUUUGAUUGUGAUUGGUCUGCUAUACUUGGGGCUUAAACCGCCCAUCACAGAAGAGCAAGUGGAAGUUAGAAAGUUGGAGCUACAAGAUGUCGUCAAAAUAUUUCAACAUGAAGCAGAGACUCAUGCCCAACUCCGGAGAAACAACCUCUCUCCAACGGCCGGAGAUAUGUUUGAUGCUGAUUAUAUUCUCAUCCAGUAAACAAACUCAUAAUCAGUUUUUUUAUUGAUAAUACUAAUCUAAGAUUAUACAUGUCAGUUGCCUUCUUGUUGCAUAAAAGACACGUAAAAUAGUCUGAAUCAUUGAGAUAACAUUGCUCAUAAGACGAGGUCUCUGUUGAAUGUGCUAUCAUCUUUCUCGCCACCAUUUGACCAUAUGUUCAUGUA